GAACAAACACGUUCCUCGCCACUUCGCAAUGUCAAGUAGCCCGCAGUUGCUGGGCCAUGGUCAGACAUGGCUUUCACAGAGGACAGUGGGCCAGACACAGCAGAUGGCAACGGCACGCGCUGGAGGAGAUCGCUGAGAGACACCUUUAGAGCGCUGAGCGAUUGGGACGGGUUCGACCGAUUCGACGGAGAGUUCCGGGGUGCAGUCAGUAGCGCGCGGCAAGCAGUCGAGCAGCAUCGCACCUUAAUCUCCCAGGCCUCGCGGAUUGGAGGCGAGCUGGGCGUGGCCGCUGUGAAACUGGUGGAGGAGGCAGCAGGCCGAGGCACAGCCUCCAGCCCGACAGCCGCGUACUUCUGCGUCGGCUCACGCGCUGAUGUGCGCAUGGGCUCGUGCGCCCGCCAGGAGCACCAGUCACACCCGCCCGGAGGCCCCGGAGGUUUCGGAGGCCCCGGAGGCGGAGGCGAGGCGCCCGAGGCCGAAGUGGCCGAGGCCGAGGUGCCCACGGAUCUUUGGGAAGAGGUGAGCUCCGUGCAAGAGGAGCUGUGCCGUCAACAGGAGCUCCGACGUGGCCGCAGCGCCGCCAUCAACGCUCAGGACGAAGCCUUGCGAGCUUUGAGAUCUGAGCUGAUGGAUUUGCGACUGCAAGUCCAAGAGGCAUUUGAAGGACGCGAGAGUGCAGCAGCCUGUUUGCAAGCCGCAGAGAGCUCGUUGGAAGCCUUGCAGGAUGCGCAUCAUGAGUUUUUGCUGCGGCGAGCGGACGUGGCCCGGGAGCUGCGCCUCGCGCGCGGCGAGCGCGACAAAGGCGAGGCCCCGCGCGACCCGUCCUCUUGGGCUCGUGAUGGGCCAGAAAUAGACGCGCUGAAGGCUGCAAAGGUGGAACUGGCGGAGCUCCUGGCAGAAGCUGACGAGGUCCGGCUACGCUCUCGGCGGGAGAGCGCGCAGCUUGAGCACCAACUUGAAGGUGCUCAAGCAGAGCACGCUCGGCUCAGACAGGCUGAUUCGCCCAUGGAAGGCGAGGCAAAUUUGCGGGGACCGUGGAGACGCUUGGCUCGAUCCGACGACAAUCCGUUUGCGUGAAAACAUGUGCGUUGGAGCGCAGGGUAGCGUGUUA